CAUUCAUCUAAGACGGGUUACUUAUAGUUGAGGCAUUAUGUUUUCCUCUUGAAGAGCAUCGCAAAUAUUUGUACAAUAGCGCCGACCCGUGAUGACCUCCAUCGAGAUAUCUCCAAUCCAUUCCGAGCGCGUAUUUCCAAACACAAGACCGAUAGAACAUGCGGUACCACUGUCUAUCUUGGACGCUACUACAGCCGACUUUGCUUGUACAUGUCCGAUCUGGCUUUUCGAAAGACCCGAUAAGGUUGGCGAUGAAUUCGAUUUAGUGAACCACUUUCAAAAGUCCCUGCCCAUCACGCUUGACGCCUACCCCCACUGGGCUGGACAGUUGAAGAGCAUAUCUACUUUGGAUGCUUCCAAACUCAAACCCGAAGAACUUCGCUUUCCUCUCUAUGCACGACGCUUUGGUCGGAUCUACUCGCAUUAUGGAACAUCUGGUGAUCCCGGCGUGGAGUUCGUAACGGCGUCUACCAAUGCUACCCUCGAGAUGCUAUCUCCAGCAUCACGAACAACACAGUACCCUGUCUUUGAUCGUGGAAAGAUAUCGCUACAGAACCUUGUCCCCUCUUUACGCCUGGCCAAUUCAGUAGGACCUAAUGACUUCAAUGAAGCUGGCGUUUUACCUCCCGUAAUGGCAAUACAGCUGACGAAAUUAGCAUGUGGAGGCUUUGCGUUGGCAAUCAAGAUUCUCCAUCCCUUGGCUGAUAUCCAGGCCGUCAUGCAUUUUGUUCAAGAUUGGACAAAGAGCAGCCGGUGGAUUCUCUCAGGAUCACCAGUUUCUAAACCCAAGUUGACUCCUCUGUUUGACCCAGCACGCCUGGACUCGAUGGCUGCAGGGGAUAUCAAUGGUAGCCAACCCGAUCCAGCUAUCCUCAGCAGGGCUCUGAAUCUUCCUAUGCACCGGUAUGACUGGUGGGCUACGCCAGCUCUGUGUCCAUGGCCUCAGGAAAUCCCCGAACCAUUUCGAAACCAAGAACACACGCCCGUAGGCCCGGCUAUGCCCUGGUCAGAAUGGGAGUUUAAUACCCCAGUCUCCCAUUAUUUGGUUCAUUUGAAUUGCGGCCAGGUGGAUAAAAUUUAUGAGACUACCAUUGAGAGAAUCGGCGAUGAUUCCGGUGGCAGCCGGAUCAGUCGUCACGAUGCCAUCCUGGCUCAUGUUUGGUCGUGUGUCACUCGAGCUCGUCGACUAGGAGGAGACACCGGCCUGGUACAUUGUGAUCUCGCCUAUGGAACACGUCCUGUCCUUGGUCUCGGAGAUCAUUUUAUCGGUUCGCCAUCCUUAAUGAUGAACAUCGAGAUGACGGGUGUUGAGCUAGCUUCUCCCGACAUUCCCGAAAAGGAGCGUAGGCUCUCGAUCGCGCGGUGCAUCCGCAAGACCGUCAACAGGGUCGGUGACAAGGCAGCCCUUGCGGCUCAUCUCCAUAGUGUGGCGUAUGAAAAGACACCGCAACGAAUUUGGCAAGGAUUUCUCGGUCGGCGCCAUCUUAUUGUAACGACCUGGGCUCGGGCUGGUCUCUAUGAGAUUGAUUUUGGGUUGAACUCUUUUCCCGGUAUUCGUUAUGCCGAGGGAGUGUUGCCGACGCUGGAUGGAGAUGUGUUGAUCAAGGAUGCACCACCGUCAAAAGAUCACGAUGGACUGACUGGUGCAAAGAACUGGACUGAUCAUGGAGUCGAUGUAUCGCUUCAUCUUCGGACGGAGGACAUGGAACGGCUUAUCCGGGAUCCUAUGUUUCUUCCGUGAGAUCACGGCUUAUUUUCAGAUAUAGGAUAUGUAGUCGGAGGAGUUGGUAACGAUAAUAGUAAUAAUAAUUGCAAAAUACCCCCACG